GGAGACAGCGCAUUGAUGGAGUUAGACGCCGGUGCGUUAACCGAGGAGCUCAACAUGGAUAGCUUCACUGAAGAGAUGGAUGCAGAAAGUAUUUCUGAAUUGCCUCAUUGUGCCCUCCCCACCCAAGGAUUUGUUGAGCCAAGCAGUAGCAGCAGCACCUCAAUGUCCAGAAGUGUUACCUCUGUUUCGUCUGAAGUGCUGGGUGACGCUUCUAUGGAACUAGGUUUCCAGCAUGAAACAUUGAUUAAUCCGUCUCAGUUAUCUGAAAAAAACAACGACUGAUACAGCUGCUAUUGUUGAAAGCGGUGAUCCUAAAGACAUAUUGACUGACAAUGCUGAAUUUCAAGAGCCAGUGCAAGACCCCGUGUUUCCCUCAAGGUUUGCUGAAGAGGAAGACUUUGGAGAGGAUUUCCAUCAUGAGUUGUUUACUGAGGAACCCUUGGAAAAGGCCCCUGAUGAUCCUAUUUAUGAAGGAGCUCCCAUUACUCUUGGAGAGAGUAUUGCAGCUGUUUUGUCUUUUGUGCAAUCAGAGCACAUUAGCGGUGUUGGACUUGCAGGGUUGCUCUCACUUAUAUCUUUGCAUCUUCGGAAACCAAAUAACUAUCUGAAAUCUACACGGGAAUUUUUUAAACUAUUGGAGGAUAGGGAAGAGCCCCUUAGAAUUUCUUACUAUUGCAGUUUGUGUUUAAAAAAUCUACCCUCCAGUUCUAGCUUGUGUACUACUUGCACGGAUGGUAAAAAAACUGUGAGUUACCUCAUCCAUUUCCCUCUUGAGCGUCAAGUGCAAAAAAUGUUUAGCAGGCCUGGGUUUCAAGAUGACUUAAACUACAAAUUCAGAAGAGUGAAGAAAAAUAUUAACAACAUCGAAGACAUACUUGAUGGACAGGCAUAUAAAAAUGCAGAAGUAGAGCCCGAAGUAGGAACCACUGAUGUCACAAUGACUUGGAACGCAGAUGGUUUGCAGGUUUUUAAUAGCUCCACAUUUUCUAUAUGGCCAUGCUUUCUUAUCAUCAACGAAUUGCCUCCCAGUAAAAGGUACUACAGUGAGAAUAUGUUAAUUGGUGGUAUUUGGUGUGGUAUGUCAAAGCCUCAUCCCAAUAUUUUUCUCCAACCGAUCUAUAAUGAUUUAAAAGUUCUACAGAGUGGUAUCAGAAUUAGUGACAGUCUCAAAGUACGUGCAAAGCUUAUCUGUGGCACUUGUGAUGCUCCUGCAAGGGCGUACUUUUUAAAUAUGAAACUGCAUUCGGGUUUUUAUUCCUGUCAUCUAUGUUUGACGAAAGGUGAAUACUCAGCAGCUAUUGGAAAGUUAACUGUUUUUCCAUAUGAAGAAAAUCCUCCACCAAGGACAAUGGAGUUGUACAAAGAAAAUGUAAAAUUUGCAGUGGAGAAGAAAGUUGUUGAGAAGAAGAAUAAACAUCUGCUUAAUGAUAUACGGUGCUGUGGCAUAAAGGGUCCUACAGUGUUAUCUCAUAUGAUUGAUGGUGAUUUAUUUCUUUCUACAGCGAUAGAUGCAAUGCACUGCGUUUAUUUAGGUGUAACCCGUCAAUUGCUUGGCCUUUGGUUUGAUGCGGAGCACAGAGACUCGCCCUUUUCUGCCUAUCAGCACGUGAAACUUGUCAAUCAGAGACUGUUAAAUAUUAUGGCACCACAUUUCUUUGAUAGGGCUCCAGAGUCAAUUGAUAAGCUUGUUCAUUGGAAAGCCUCUAUGCUCAGGGCUUUUUUGUUGUACUUUUCUGUAUGUGUUUUAGCUGAUGUUCUGAAACCCAAGUAUUUUGAGCAUUUUUUAUUACUUGUCAAAGGCAUUUCGCUUUUAAAUUCAUCAAGUAUCAGCCAAGAUGAUAUUAAGUUAGCUACUCUUCUUUUAGAUCAAUUUGUGGAGGAGUUUCAAACUCUGUAUGGUAAACGGCACAUGAGCCACAACGUCCAUAUGUUAAGACAUCUGAGUGCCACUGUACAGCAUCUAGGGCCACUAUGGAUCAUAAGCUGUUUCAAAUUUGAGGACAUGAAUGGCCGCAUUGCUCGACUUAUCCAUGGAACUCGACAUGCUGGCAUUCAAGUGUGCUCUAACUUAUCAAUUAUCAAUCGUUUACCUUUGAUGGUUCACAAUCUUACAAAUGAGGAUGUUAAAAAAUAUUGUCUUCAGUUAAGACACAAAGGAUUGCCAUUGAAAGUAACGGAGGAAAUUUCACCUGAUGUUUUGUGUGUAGGUGACUUUACUCAUUUAUCUGAUGAUGAUAAGUGGAUUGUAGAUGAAUUAAAACAGGUAGUGUUAAACCCAACUGCAGAUGAUGUUCGAUUAUUUCAACGCUUGUAUAAAAACAAAAUUUUGUACACAUCCAGUAAAUAUGAUCGUGGUAUGCGAAAAUCUGCUCAUGUGAAAUAUUGUAAUAAUAAUACUUUAGAGCUUGGUGAAAUUGUAACAUUUGUAAAGUUAGUGCAGGAGCAGCCACAAUAUUAUGCUGUUGUAAAUAGACUACAAACUUCAUAUCCAUUUCAGACAGAUGCCUUCAAAAUCACGCAUGUGCACCAGGUUCAUCUACCCCAUGUUGGCAUUGAUAUUGUUCCUGUGAGUAAACUGGAGAUUGUUGUGUGCAAAAUAGAUGUAUCUCCAAUUGUAUAUGUCUCUGAGCCUCUCAAUAACUUUGAGUUAGAGUAG